CUCUUUAUUAAGGAGAGAUCUCUACAUCCAAUAAGUAGAUUUAGGCAUUAAGUAGAUCUACAUCCAGUAAAUAGAGUGAUCAUCAGGCAUUGCAUACAGACGUAGACUGACUAAUUUCUUCCAUGGCCUUAUCUACGAUCUCUUCUUCAUCUUCUUCUUCAGUCACCUCUCCAUGGCUCUACGAUGUGUUCUUGAGCUUUAGAGGAGAAGAUACCCGUUAUACUUUUAUUGCCCAUCUAUACCAUGCUUUGAUUCAAAAGGGAAUCCGUACCUUCAUAGAUAAUGAUGAAGUUAAAAGGGGUGAUGAGAUUUCACCUGCACUCCUCCAAGCCAUAGAAGAUUCAAGGAUUUCCAUCAUUGUACUCUCAAAAAAUUAUGCAUCGUCAACAUGGUGUUUGGAUGAGUUACUGAAGAUUCUUGAGUCUAAAAAAUCGAAGCAACAAAUAGUUUUACCUGUGUUUUACCACGUAGAUCCAUCAGAUAUUCGACAUCAAAGAGGAAGUUUUGGAGAACCAUUGGCCAAAUAUGCAGAGAAAUUGAAUGGAGACAUGAAGUUGCAGAUGUGGAAGGCAGCCCUACGAGAAGUUACUAAUUUGUCCGGAGACCAUUUGAUCAGAAAUGGGUUGCAAAUGCAUGACUUGUUACGAGAUAUGGGUAGAGAAGUUGUUCGACAAGAAUCACCCACAAAUCCAGGAGCACGUAGCAGAUUGUUUAAUCAUGAAGACGUUCGCGAUGUAUUGGAGGAAGAUAUAGGAACAGAGAACGUUCAAGCAAUAGUGGUAGAUUUUCUUGAAGACGAUGACGUGAUACGCUUGAGUUCAAAGGCAUUCAAGAAGAUGAAAAGACUCCGAUUAUUUAGAUGCCACAAUGCACGGUUUUCUGGAGAACUUAAAUCUCUACCUAAUGGAAUAAGAGUGCUUGAUUGGCCUAACUGUCCUUUACAAUCUAUGUCAUCUAAAUUUCGUGGAGACAAACUCUUUAUUCUAAGCAUGCCCGGUAGUCGCAUCAAGGAGAUACACUUGGAAUUUAAGAAUGUGACGAUUAUGAAUUUCAAUGGUUGUGAAUUCAUAACGAAACUCUCGGAUAUUUCAAGCUGCCCAAAUCUAAUGAAAAUAGAUCUUCGUUUUUGUAAAAAUCUAGUUGAAGUUCAUGAUUCUAUUGGAUUCCUUGAUGAGCUUGUUAACUUGAAACUUAGUGGAUGUUUCAGUCUAAAGAGCUUUCCAAGGAGACUCCAAUUGAGAUCUCUGGAACUCCUUGAUCUUGGUGAUUGCUCAAGCCUUCAAAACUUUCCUGAAAUCGAAUGUGAAAUGAAACAUUUGCGCAGUGUCGACUUAGAUGGCACCGCAAUAGAAGAAUUGCCUUCAUCCAUUGGGUACCUCACUGGGCUUGAAUGUUUAGAGCUAGAUAGAUGUGUAAACCUUAAGCGUCUACCAAGUAGCAUUCAUCAGUUAAGAUCUCUGUAUGAAAUUUAUCUCAACGAUUGUCCAAAUAUUAUAAGUUUUGGGAUGGACGAGGAGGAGCAUAGUGGACAACCCACGCCCUUUGUAGUGUCUACAAGUUGGGAAAAUGAAGCUUCAUUGGGCCCAGAAUUAUUCCCAUUGUCGGCUCGAACAAAUUCAACCCCUUCUCUAGAUUUGGAUCUUAGAAACUCUAGCCUAUCAAAAUCGAAUUUCUUUGGGCCACUUCAUUUCUUUCCCAGUCUGGAAUGUUUAGAUCUAUCAGGCAGUGAUAUCAUAAGCAUUCCUUCAAGCAUCAAAACAUAUGUUAGAUUGCGGACUCUUGAUUUGAAUGAUUGCAUGCAACUUCAAGAAAUUAAAGACUUUCCACUGAAUCUAGAAGUGGUAAGGGCUAGAGGAUGCAUAUCACUGGAAAGUUUACCAAAAAUAUCAAAAGAAUUCAAUUUCCCACGGCUAGAAUGGAUUGGCUUGGAUAGAUGCUAUAAAGUGAAUAUGGGAAAUUGGAUGUCAAAUUGGAUGUCAAAUCGAGCUGAGAUGAUAUUUCCGGGAAAGAAGAUCCCAGAUUGGUUCAGCCAUUACAAGGAGAUCACUUCAAAUAGUCAUCGGUGUGAAUUUGAUAUAAAAGUGGCCCCACCGUAUAAUUUGGAUGACAUCAUAGGAAUUGCUUUUUGUGAUGUUAUUGAACCCGUUGCAACUAUUGAGUUUUUCGUUGACAUCAUGAGAGGACGUAGCUACGCCAGUCGUCAUAGGGGUACACGUAGAUAUGAUGAAACUGAUUCAGAUCAUGUAUGGUUAAGGUACUUAACUACAGAAGAUAUUACGCGCCUACGAGCUGUGAGUGUAGAUCAAGCAGAUGAUCUGGGGAUUAUAUUUGAAAACAAUCCAAAUUUAGUAGACAAUCUGCGGAUUAUAUUUGAAAACUAUGAUCCAAAUUCAAUGAUCUUCAAACGUUGCGGAGUUCAUCUGUUAUACAAACAGCAUGAACAGAAUGCAAAAGAUCAUGCAAGUGUGCCCCAUCAUGAAAAUAUUGAUGUCCAUUUGAAUGCACCCUUUGAAGAUAUUGGAAAUUUAGCAAAUCCAAUGGGUGGAAGUCAGCUUUCUAAGACGCAUCGUGUUGAUUAUGAUAACUACGAAGAUGAUCACAACAUUGAAUCCAACUUGUACGCACAACAACGGAAGCCUGCUUCAACCUUGGAAAUCAAAAUUUUCCUGAAUGUAAGGUAGUUAUUUUUAUUUUUAUAUUUAACUUAAGCUUCAUAUGAAUGAAAAUAUGAUUAUUUAGCCUAAAGUAUUUGGAGGCUCCUCGAAUUGCCAAUAGUACCAUUAUUUUGUGAUAGUUCAUCCGUGUAAAUUCCAGCAUAUUCGUGUGGUA